AAUGGCUUCGAUACCUAAAGGUACAUCCAACAUAUUUGCAGUUAUUUAAGCAUCCAGGACACGACUACUUAACACCACAAUGCUUACUUAUUGUAACCUAUGAAGGCGCCUUCUUGUACACAACAAGCUGCGUUAAUCUUAAGGGAGGAAAUACGCUUAUAGAAGAGGUUACCUAUGACAAGCUUAUUUGGCAGUGGCCGCAACGACGAGGAGCACCGCGGCCAACGAUUCGGUCAGCGCAGCAGUAGUCACACUUACCCGCAUACUUAAGGGACAUUUACAGCAGUUAGUUGGGAUCAAGGAGCGCCGCCCGGGAAAAGGCAAGUCGCAGCAGCUUUCGAGUGGAAGCUGGGGCGUACAGUGCUGGCUUCCCUCGGCUGGACUGGCGGCCAGGCCACCCGGUCCUCUAUAGCAGGCCCCCAGGUGUAGCCCCAAGAAGCGGAGCACUACAACCUAGCACCGGCAGCACUUCCUAGCAGCGUGAGGGACUUCAGCUCAGCAGACCUAGCCAUCACUACCCCGCAACCGCAGCAGCCCCAGUACUCGCAGGCCCGGGCCUUCCCUCUCCGCCGCCACCACUUCCUCAACCUCCUCCUUCCCACGCCAGCACCAUGCACAAGUAUCGACUUGUCGCCAAGAAGGGCGAGGGCACCUUUUCAGAGGUGCUCAAGGCGCAGUGCAUCAAGAACGGCAAGUACGUGGCUAUCAAGUGCAUGAAAAACCACUUUGACAGCCUCGAUCAGGUCAACAACCUGCGCGAAAUCCAGGCGCUGCGGCGCCUGUCGCCGCACGCCAACAUCAUCAAGCUGCUUGAGGUGUUGUACGACCAACCCACGGGGCGGCUUGCGCUUGUGUUCGAGCUCAUGGACAUGAACAUCUACGAACUCAUUCGCGGCCGGCGGCAUUACGUAGCGGAGGAGCGCAUUAAGAACUAUAUGUACCAGCUGAUGAAGGCCAUGGAUCACAUGCACCGUAACGGCAUCUUCCACCGCGACAUCAAGCCCGAGAACAUCCUCAUAAUGGAUGACUGCCUAAAACUCGCGGAUUUUGGAUCCUGUCGCGGGAUCUACUCCAAGCAGCCGUACACGGAAUACAUCUCCACUCGCUGGUACCGUGCGCCGGAGUGCUUGCUCACGGACGGCUACUACAACUACAAAAUGGACAUGUGGGGCGUGGGCUGUGUGUUUUUCGAGAUCGUGUCGCUCUUCCCGCUCUUCCCGGGAACCAACGAGCUAGAUCAGAUCACCAAGAUCCACAACAUCCUCGGCACGCCGCCGCCAGAGCUGCUCGCCAAGAUGAAGAAGCGCUCGCAGCACAUGGACUUCAACUUCCCGCCCAAGGAGGGGACGGGUGUGGCGAAGCUCAUACCCCACGUGAACCCCGAGUGCGUGGAUCUGAUCGUCAAGCUGCUGUCGUACAAUCCGGACGAGCGGCUGUCGGCGCGUCAGGCGCUGCGGCACCCUUACUUCCGGGACCUGCGGGAGGCUGAGAAGCGGCAGAAGGCGCUGAUGGCGCCCGAGGUGUCGACCCACUUGACCUCCAUGGAGGCGGACAAGGUUCGGCAGCAGCAAACCGUCUCCUCCAACGGCAGCGAGCACGAGCAGCACCCCACCUCGCCGCCCGGCGGGGAGCCGGCGCACGAGGGCUCGGCCGCGGGACUGCCCAGCAUCGCCGUCCGCACCCACCAACAGGAGGCCCACAAGGAGGAAGCCGAGUCCACGGACGGCACCUACCCUCGUCUGCCCGGGCUGGCCGCGCAGAGCAGCGCCGCCUCUGUGGAGGGAGUGGCGGACGACGCCUCGCUGCCGCCCAUCGCCAACCUCAGCCUCUCCAAGGCCAACAUGACGGGCUCCACAGUGGCAGGCGCCACGCAUACCUCCACCCGCAGGUCAACCAUGAACAACUACUAUGAAGGAGGGACGGGAAGCAACCCCUCGAGCUACAAGGGUAAGGGCGCGGCGCCGGCGGGAGGGGCGGUGACGGCCGGCGGCGGGAGCUGUCGGCGCGGCGGCGGGUGCAGCGACUGGGAACAAUGGCGGCGUGGCGCGCCGGCAGUCGGUGGGCGUUGUAGCCGGGAAGUACGGCGGGGUGAACAAGCAGGCGUCGCAGGGGCAUGGGCAGGCGCCGGGCGCGGCGGUGGCGGCUAUUGGCGGCGCCGGGGGUCAGGGUCCGCAGGUUGCGGUCAAGUACAAGGCCAAUGUGGGCAAGUCCAACUCAAAGUACAUCAGCCCGUACUCCCUACGACAGUUAGCGGGGCAGAACGCCGCGGGGCAGGCAUAGGGCUUGGGGUCGCCGCGUCGUCGGCGCGAGUGGCACUAAAGCGCGGCCGAGGCGCGGCGGUUUUUACUCAUCGCAGGAGCUUUACGUGACAUUUCGUGCGGCUAGGUUUUGUGUGGUUGAGCGCCGGCAAGGCGCCUGUUUCCGCAGCUGGCGCUUUGGAGCGGCCUGCGGAGGGUGGGGACUGGUGUGGGGACUGCCGCUUGUGAUUGGUGUUUGUUGCUUUGACCCGCCCUGUUUAGCGGCGACAUGUAUGACAAUCAGCGCAUCGCACGACUGCGCCUACAUUCGGACCUCCUAACAUGUCACCUGUUUGCAGCAUUGAUUCCUCUUUUGAGAACCUGAAUGCGCCCGCCCCCGUUUCCUUUCCUGAUGGGGGCGGUGUCGCGUGUGGUUUCUCUCCGCUCUUGCCUUGGGGUGCUCCGAUGUGCGUGCCAGGGUGCAUGUUGCUGUUGCUGCUGCGAUGGACACACGGCGACUAAUAAGUAUUGUGUCUUUGGGGUCUUUUACGUAGCUAGUGCGUCUGAUGAUGGGAGGGGCUGAAGCGGGCAUGUCAGGGCCGCGAAGCCGCCAAUGUCGGGUGAUGCACGGAAAACGGCAGCUCCAAGGUUCAACUAGCUCCGAGCGAGGUCUUGCGGCGGGCAGGGGGAUAACCUUACCUCGGGCGCUGGCUGGGUAUUGCGUGGCUGGCGUCGAGCACGUGGCCUCACCACGUACAGGGUGUCGCCUGCCUGCCUGCAGACUGGUAAUGACGGGCAGCGAGUAUUGCGUGACGAAGGCAGCAGGUUUACGGUCGGCGAAAGGGGCGGCCAUGCUAUUGGUACGGGUCUGUAUCGCAGAAUGCAAUUUUUUAGGAAAUGCAUGCGACAACGAAUGGGAUGUGAGUCAAGCGAGCGAGGUUCAUGCAGCGCCUGUCUGGCUGUCUGACGGUUAGGUUUUGUUGUCGACCUUCCAGUUGUUCAUAAGGUUUGCGAUUGGUGUGAUCAUGUGAUCAGGGCACCGGUCUUGCAGGGUACCGGCACCGUUGGAGGGUGCCGUUGGCGUUUGCCGGGCUGACAAUGUUCUAUUACGCGUGGUGGGUGUUGUCGUGACGUGUGGGGCAUGGCAGGACCCGGCUAAUUCGGGGCUUUGGAGUACGCGGCGCACCCUGCGUUGCAGCGUUGCCGGCAGGGACGAGCUGGGUAUGCGGUUUGAGUACGGCAGGGUUGGAUCAGCUGCCGGGCCCCAUGGGGUUCGUGUCAGGCUCAGUGGGGCCCCUUUGUCGUCCUUUCUUGUUAUCACCAGGCCGCUACUGCUGCAGCCAUGCAUUUCAUAUGGGUGCUUGCUGCCUUCAGCUGAAACGUGAUGACGCGAGACGGUGCUGCAUGCUGUUUCUGUGCGGUUUAACGAAGUCACAGGGGUUGUUAAACGUCCCCUGAUUCAUUGUCUUGGCAGUGCCGGUGGUGUGCGAUAGCGCAUGGAGUAGAGCAGUAGGCAAGAGGAGGUGCGCAUGCUGCACGUGAACGUUUUGCGACCCGCUAAUAGCGCCUUGGCGUGAACAACCGCGUGUGUGGGAUCUUGCACGCGUGAUUCGUGGUCAUCGUUCAGCCGCGACGCCCUGGUCCUGUACAGUCAAUGUGCGAUAUGCAUCAGGUGUGGUGGGUUUCCUCCGGUGGUGAGUAUUAUUGGCACCCGCCCUAAUUACCGUCUUUAUAUCGCCGCAUGUUUGCUUGACGUGUGUGUGUCUGCUCGGCAUGCGGCGUGUGAUAUCGCCGUGUGGGAUUCAGGGGCGAACUGAGCAUGGGACUUCAACACUGCUAAUACGCCGCCGUCGUGUCACACAGCAUGGCACGAUAGCGGUAGGACGGAAGGUGUGGACUUCACGGGGCGUGAAGGGGUGCCGUCGCAUGCUGCUGUGACGCUAGUUUGGGUUUCUCCCAGGAAGGAGUGGCGCUACGAGGUGAACUGUACGACGACGUUGGUGGCCCUUGGUGCAUACGUGGGUUCGUUGGUGCUAUUCAGUUGGUCGGCGCCGAGAGGCUUCUCCGACGGCGGUCGAGGUUGUGCUCUCUUGGGUGAAGGUCGCGGUGCAGAUAAAUGCACACUUACAAGUGGGCCGUUGCAAGUGAUGCUUGCGUGCGCCUGUUGAAAGCCUAAUCUUGCACCUACCAGGGUGGCUUCGCUGCCUUUCUCUAGCCGUGUCUCGUAAGCAACUUCGCAC